AUGCAGGUAUUAGCUCAGUUAAACUGUCAGCAGUGCAGUGUCGAACUCGAGAGACGAAGGAAGGAACAAAGAGAGUUGGAACAGCAGAAGAACCUAGUCGCCAAGAAUACCGCCAUGAUUGAAAAUCAAAGACGACAUCUCAGGGAAGCGAUGUCGAACGAGGAAGAGGAGAGGGAGAAGAUUGAGCUGGAGGAGAAGAAGAAGAAGUCCAUCAGUAACAUGGUGAAAGCUGUUGAGCUUCUACAGCGAAGUAUACAGGAAAGCUGUAGAGCUAGAACUCAGAAGGAUCUGAAAGCUCUCUUGGUUUUACCCUUGAAGAAAUCUCUUGAUAGUAAGGAGGAGAAGAUUGCGAAUCUGAGGUAACUCUUUUCUUGUAGAA